GAUUUUUUUGUUUUUCUUUUUCCCCCCUCUUUAAAGAUUGGAACUUUUAUGACUGGGAGAGAGAUAGAGAGAGAGAGUGAAAAGAAAGGGAGCAUUCGCGUCAAAGAUGGGGUUUUUCCGGAGAAUCUUUUGAAGAACGAGGGAGUUUAGUAUUAAGGCUUCAAAGGAAGGUGGUGCUGGUGUUUGACUUUGAAGCUGAAAGAGAGCCUUUGAGGUCAUAUGGUUGGUUAUAGCUCCCAUUUUUAUGUUCUUGGUAGGUCUACUCUUUGAUGGAUUGGUUUGAGAGUAAAGUUUUGAUCUUUUGGCAAGUAGGUUUAGAUUUAGGAGCUCUCUGCUUUAGCUGGUGAUUCAAGAAUAAGUCUAUGGUGGUUUAGUGUUUAGUUUGAAGGAUUCUUGCAGGCCAAAAGGUUGAAUGUUUCUUCAUCCUUAACUUUGAUGGGUCUGGAGAAAAUUGUUGAAUCUUAGCCUUCUUCUUAGUUGAAACAGAUUGAGGUAGUUAGUUACCUGGUGUUUUAGUAGGUGGAAACAUGGAUGAAGAGGUUACAUCUUGGAUUAGGAGAACAAAAUUCUCUCACACUGUUUAUCAUAGGUUAGAAGCAGCAAGGUUGAACUCCCUUCCUAUAACUGUCCAGCCAGGCAGAAAUCUAGGCACAAAAUCGAGACCUGGGACAACCGUUGUUAAUCCUAUGACUCGACCAACUGUUGCACAGAUUCAGCGCAAUCCUUCUACAAACAAACAGCGGGCAGCAUCACCCCUCCCGGAAAUGAAACUGUCUGAUACCUUUAAGGAAGCUCGAUCUAAUUCGAAAAGGUUUUCAACUCCACACUCGCGGAGGAGGGAGCGUGAUAAUGGAAUUGUUGGCAAGUUGCUGCAGAAGGAUUCCUUUGAAAAAAAGGUGAAUUCUUUAAAAUCAUCAUCGGGUUCAAAUUCUCCGUUAACUUCAAGUCCACAUCGCCAUUUUCCUUUGGUGAAGUUCCACGAUAAAAUAAAAGGACGGAAGGAAUCGGCUUGGACAAAGUAUUUUGAUCACAGCGGGGGAAGAGUUACCUCUGUAGAUUCGGUGGAUGACUGUAUGAUUGAUCUUUCUGAGCUUUUUCUCGGGCUUAGAUUUGCACAUGGAGCACAUAGUCAACUUUACCAUGGGAAAUACAAGGAUGAACCUGUUGCAGUGAAAAUUAUCCGAGUGCCAGAUGAUGACGAAAAUGGAAAUCUAGGAUUUAGGUUGGAGAACCAGUUUAACAGGGAAGUUACUCUAUUAUCCCGCCUCCACCAUCAAAAUGUUAUAAAGUUUGUAGGUGCGUGCAGAAAGCAGCCGGUUUUUUGCAUCAUCACUGAAUAUCUACCGGAGGGUUGUUUGAGAGCAUUUCUUCACAAGCUCGAUCACAAAUCUCUCCCUUUACAAAAACUGGUUGUUAUGGCUUUGGAUAUCGCAAGGGGGAUGGAAUACAUUCAUUCACAGGGCGUUAUCCAUAGGGAUCUCAAACCGGAGAAUAUACUUAUCAACGAGGAUUUCCACCUGAAAAUUGCUGAUUUUGGUAUAGCUUGCGAAGAGGCAUAUUGUGAUCCUCUAGCGGAUGACCCUGGUACGUAUCGUUGGAUGGCUCCUGAGAUGAUCAAGCGCAAGCCAUACGGUCGGAAGGUUGAUGUGUACGGAUUUGGACUCAUUUUAUGGGAAUUGGUGACCGGAUCCAUUCCCUACGAAGACAUGACACCCGUGCAAGCUGCUUUUGCUGUGGUGAACAAGAAUAUGAGACCGACGGUACCUGUGGACUGCCCUCCCGCCAUGAAAGCUUUGAUCGAGCAAUGUUGGUCUUUGCACCCUGAAAAGAGGCCCGAGUUCCCACAGAUUGUGAAGUUGUUAGAGCAGUUCGAGUCCUCACUUGCAGACAACGGAACUCUAGAUCUAGUAGUACCAGAUUCAACGUUUCAAGAUCACAAAAAGGGGCGGCUUCUCCACAGGAUCCAAAAACUUGGUCCGACACAGUCAAACACCUCGCCUAUGCCUAAACCGAAGUUUGCAUGAUGUUGUGGAUGAUCUAGCUUCUGUAGUUUCUCCAGGCCCCCGCGGAAUCAAAAGGGUUAGACUCUUAGCCUUUGGUUCUGUCUUAGCUGCGGCGUUUGUGAAUGUUAGGUCGUACAGGUACCGCGGUGAAUGUUGUUGUAAUUUUGAAUGGUAGAUGCAGAACAGUUGUUGUUUCAUUUCGAGCAGAACAGUUAUAUCGUGUUCCUAAUUUGGUUGCCGAUAGUGCUUCUGUGUUAUGAUUACUACUGGACAUGGCGACCAACUUCUAAAUUUUGCGCAGGUGGUUGUAGUCUUGUAGAUGAUAUAUGAUGUAAUAAAAGGUAUAUAACAGUAUUCUAUUCAUUCUGAA